GUCUGUUUAACGUUCGUUCUGUAACAUCUGAAUAAUUAAAAUCUGUCAGUUUCUUUCUGCAAAACGAAAAUUGUUGGAAAUACUUUGAAACUAUGUGGUUAAUCAUACUAACGUGCAAUUGCCUUUAUUGGCUAACGUGUGGCUCCUCGUGGAUCCUCGUUAAUCCGAUACUCGGCGAGCAAGUAGACCUCGUCGGUGGAAACGAGAGUUUCACCGCCGAUUGGACGAAGAGUGCGGAGAACGACGAGACGAAGGACGCGUUCAACAGUUUCGUCACCAACGACGCUCUCAAUUCGACGCAGUUCCCCUUCAAUUCCAUCGAUCGCGAUCGCGAUCUUAUGGACGAGGUGGAACGGAUCGAGCCUAGGCAUUGGCCAGUCAGGCCAGAUAUUCUGUACACGCGUACGAAGGUUCCUUCGACCACGGAGCCGCUGCCACGGGGGCCGCUCAAUCCGUCGACAUUUGCCCGAAGAAAUUCGUCGACGCAGCGGUAUCCACCGAUCGCACCGCCGCUGCCCACAGCAUCGAUAGACGAAGUUUUCUGCGACUUUGGUUCAUUUUCAGCGCAGACGCUUUGCGAAUGGCAAAACGGCGAUAGCGCGAUAGACUGGCUGACAGGAAGUGGCAUGGGGACCAAUUGGAUGGGUGGUCCCCCGAGCGAUUACACCACUGGAACCAUGGAAGGAGGGUAUGCCUUCUUGGAGACGUCGCAGUUGCCACGAAAGGAUGGUAAAACGAAGAUUCUGGGAGGAUUGCUGCACAGCUCUCAGCUGGGGAGCACAGGUGUUGUUGGGACCUGUGUCAUGUUCAAAUACAGCAUAGACGGUCUCAGCGUCGCUGGCCUGAGGGUUCUACUUCACGUAGGCACCGACGAGUACUCGAUUAAGAAGGAACAGACGGAGGAAAUCGCCCCGGAGAACGCGACCUUACCGUCUUGCAAGCCACUGGACGUUUUCGACGAACGUGUCAUUUGGAACGCGCAGUAUUACACGUUGGGCGUUUGGCAGCAAACACAGUUGCUGUACACAUAUCCGGAGUUACAUUCGUUGAUCAUUGAGGGGAUCCCGGUGGAUUCUACUGAUCCAGCUCGACUGUACAGAGGCUACAUAGCCAUCGACGACAUAGAUUUACAACCGGGCACCUCGUGCAUCGGUUUCUGCAACUUUGCUGGUGGAUUUUGCGACUGGGCCAAUGACGCGGAGGAUGAUUUCGAUUGGACAAUUAGCCGAGGGAGUGGGAAUCCUACAACGGGACCAGCAAUGGACAGUUCGACAGACCGACCAACAGCCGGUGGAUACGCCUACAUAGAUUCCUCGUUUCCUCGUCGACCGGGUGACAGAGCUAGACUCGUUAGCACCAGCUUCCCCGCACCAAGUGCCGACGCACCAAUGUGCAUGCACUUCUGGUUCCACAUGUUCGGCUCUGGGAUCGGUACGUUGAAGCUGUUCGUUCGUCAUUUUCGUAGCUUGGAAGCGCCACUUCGAGAAAUUUGGAGCCUGAACGGAAACGCGGGGAACACGUGGUUCGUCGCUCAGAUCACCAUCAGCUCGUUGGACGAUUUUCAGCUUCUCUUCGAGGCGUCUGUAGGUAACACCGGGAUGGGUGACAUUGCCAUCGACGACAUUUCUUUCGCACAGGGAGCUUGUCCAGCUCUACCUCAAGUUGCUGUACCUACGCUACGAGACUGUACGUUCGAGAUCGACGAGUGCGACUGGAUCAAUUCUCGUGAUCCUGAUCGAGUGGAAUGGGAGAGAGUGUCUGUACAAGCGUUGAAUCCAAGAAACCAACGAAAACCGUACAGCAAUGGGUAUACAAUCAAUCGAAGAAACGAGUACUUCCUUGGUUUGGGUCGCCCGAGGGGAGGGCCACGAUCAUCCGGCGGCGGAACAGCACAGCUCGUUAGUCGUGAAAUGAAGGGCAGCGAAGAGCCGUUGUGUGUCACCUUCUGGUAUUUCAUGUUUGAAUCUUUUAUUGAUUCCACCGGUCCAAGUUUAGGAGUACUCCGUGUGUCUAUACAAACAACCGAAGAAUCACCAACCGAAUCAAAGUCAAUCUGGCAGCUGUAUAAUAACCAAGGACCCACGUGGAGCUACGCGCAGAUCAGUAUAAACGAGAGGAAAAACUUCAAUGUGGUUUUUGAGGGCACUUGGGGUCCCAAUCGUGCCAGUGGCAGCAUUGGCAUUGACGAUAUUGCUUUUUAUACUGGCAACUGUUCCGUGAAACCACCCAGUGCAUCUGUGAGACCGGAAGAUUGCAGCUUUGAGAAAGGUUUGUGCGGUUGGGAAAAUAUUACUUUCUCCGAGAACGAGCGUGCAGUCACUUGGCAGCGUGCGUUUCUCGCUCAUCGUCCAGCUCAGCUGUUGGACAAAACUUUUGGAGCAACAGGAGACUUUGUUUUCUUCGACAUUUUUACCACUAAUAAACAAUCAACGGAUGUACGGUUACAAUCACCCGUGAUUCAGACGUCGCCCGACGAGGAGUCCGUUUGUUUGACUUUUUGGUUCGCUGCCUUCGGGGUCGAGGAAUCUACAACCUUGCAAAUUAUCAAAAUGAAUGCCGACGAGGAAGCAGGCGACGACGAAGAGAGCAAUGGAAAACAACAACCUUUAUGGUCGUUAACGGCAAAAGGAUUUAACAAUCCCAGACCUGUAUGGACUGCCGCACAGGUGACAAUAGAUGCUCGUGUACCUUACCGUCUCAUCUUAAGAGGAAGCGCCAGUAACGGAGGUUUUGCGAUCGACGACAUAAAGUUCCAACCUCAAAGUUGUGCAAUUCGACCAGCUGCUGCUCAACCCGUUAACAAUGGAACUUAAAAUGUAAUAUAAAUCGUAUUUAUGAAUUCUACUACUUUUUCUAUUUUAUCUCUUACAAACUUUGAAUAAGGUAAGCUCUUGUAAAUAAUAAAUGCAAAAUUUAUUCAA